AUGCACUUUUAUCCUUCUUUGACGCUCCUAGCUUCAUCCUUCAUUGGAUUACAAUUGUUUUUCGUCUACCCCACCGCAGCGGUAAACGUCACCUCUAUUGCAGAUUGUCCUGCUAUUCCUGCCCGGGAAAGCGGACCUGCCGAUGCAAAGGACGUCCGGAUUGAUGAUAUCAAGGUUAUUGCUGCUAUGGGUGACAGCAUCAUGGCUGGAUUUGGUAUGAUGGGCUCUAGCUCGAUCAUUGAUCCUCGUGCAUUCAGAGAAUAUCGCGGCCAAAGUUAUGGUAUUGGUGGAGAUAGCGACGCUGAAACGAUGGCCACGUUUACCAAGAAGUUCAGCCCGGAUCUCGUUGGUGCAUCGCUAGGCUCACGCUCUGUGUCACUUUGCCUAACUGGAUGGUGUUCGCCAACUUUUACAUACCGUUUGACUGAUCGUCUAAAUGCUGCCGUCAGUGCCUCCACUGGCAAAAAUCUUGACAAUCAACUUGAUUAUCUUAUCCCAGAAAUCGAAGACCGCGCAGACGAUUUUGAAAAUGAUUGGAAGCUCAUCAAUAUUCAGAUCGGUAGCAAUGAUCAAUGUGCUUCUUGUGGUGCAAGUGCCAGCGACGUUACUGCUGAAAAAUACGGACAAUAUGUGUCUGCUGCAGUCCAACGUAUUAUCGAAAAUGUUCCUAAUGUUAUUGUCAACCUCAUGGGCGUGUUUCGCGUAUCGCCAGUGUAUACGCUGACAGAAGGGCAAUCGUAUUGCACGUCGUUUGGUGAUGAACCUUUGAACCGCCAACUAUGUAGUUGUUUUCAAGGCUCGGACCAAGAUCGCGCAGACAUGGACGCACUUUCUGACGCGUACAAUGAGAAACUUAUCGAAAUAUAUGAGAGUUAUAAGAACAAGGACAGUACGAGCUACGCAGUCACAUACCAGCCUAACAACAUCAACAUUGCCGACUUUCCUAUUGAAGCAAUGAGCAACGCGGACUGCUUCCAUCCUAGCUUGAUGAGCCAUCAGUGGAUCGCCAAGACCCAUUGGAACAACCUUUUCAUCCCACAGGGCUACAAGCCAGAUGUUCACAGUUUUGAUGAGAAUAUGGAGAUUUACUGCCCCACUGAAACCGACAGAAUCAUGAUCAACUGA